AUGAAUGAGAAUUUACUGGGUAGGUUCACGGAGGAGGAUGUCAUAUCAGCGGUGAGGGGCAUGAAUCCUAUCAAAGCCCCGGGGAUUGAUGGGCUCCCCGCCCUCUUUUUUCAGAAAUUUUGGAGCUCGAUUAGGGGGGAUGUCGUGAGUGUUUGUUUGAAAGUUUUAAAUGAUAACAUCCCUCUACAUAAACUCAAUGAAACUCUGAUUACGUUAAUUCCGAAGGUUCCUAAAGCAAAGAAAGUUGAGAAGUACCGGCCUAUUAGCUUGUGCAAUGUGGCAUAUAAAAUCGUGUCGAAAUGCUUGGUUGAUCGCAUGAAGAGCUCAUUGACGGUGGCUGUCUCGAAUUCUCAAAGCGCGUUCGUGAUGGGUAGGAUGAUACAUGAUAGUGCAAUUAUUGGAUAUGAAGGGCUACAUUGCAUGAGAAAGGAUCGCUUUGGAAAUGGUAAGAAAUUGGCCUUAAAACUUUAUAUGUCUAAGGCUUAUGAUAGAAUUGAAUGGAGGUUUGUGGAGCGGUUGAUGUUAAAGAUGGGAUAUCAUGAAGAUUGGGUGAAGAAAAUCUUGGGGUGCAUUACUUCAGUCUCCUUUUCCUUCCUGCUGAAUGGGGAAGUCAGAGGUAAUGUGUCUCCAGGGCGUGGCCUCCGCCAAGGCGACCCCCUCUCUCCCUUCAUUUUUUUUCUUUGUGCUGAAGCGCUCUCUUGUUUGAUUUUGGGAGCUGAACAGAGUAAUCUCCUAGAGGGUCUUUGCUUCGGAAGAAGGGGUGUUAGAGUAUCCCAUUUGUUCUUUGCGGAUGACAGUAUUAUGUUUCUAAAUGUGAAUGUUGAUGAGUGUAGAGCGUUGAAAUACAUUCUCCGUUGCUACACGACCGCCUCGGGACAAAUGAUCAAUUUUAGUAAGUCUGAGGUAUGUUUCGGUAGCAAGGUUGAUGAGGGGACCAAGAAAGAGAUAGCUGAGAUUUUGGAGGUUCAAAUUACGAAUGAUUUUGAGAGGUAUUUGGGCCUUCCGGGGCUGGUUGGCAGAUCAAAGAAGGAGACCUUCAAAUAUAUCAAAGCUCUAUUCAUAGCAUUGCUGCCAAGUUCUGGUGGGGCUCUUCUGAGAAAAGAAGGAGAAUUCAUUGGUGCAAAUGGGAAGUGCUGUGUAAAAGAAAGUUCAGAGGAGGCAAAGUUGGGUGCUGCCCCUUCCUUUAUUUGGCGAAGUCUCCUCUGGGGGCGACAAAUUAUCGAAGCUGGGGCGCGUUGGAGAAUCGGUUCGGGAGAAGAGGUUCGAAUUGUUGAAGAUAAAUGGCUGCUAAGGCCUGUGCAGUUCACAUUUAUGGAGCAACCCGAGCUGCCUCCGGGACUCAAAGUAAUUGACCUGAGGGGAGCUGAGGGGGAGUGGGAUGAAAACUUUGUACGAAGUAUCUUCAAUAAGGAAGAUGCGAGCAGUAUCCUGGGUAUUAUCCCAGGGCCCCUGGAUUCUAGAGAUAAGAGGAUAUGGAAUUAUAACCAAAAUGGCGAGUACUCGGUGCGUAGUGGCUAUCAAGUGGAAAUCCGGGAAAGAGAAAUGGUAGAAGGGUCAGACAUGAGAGAAACUGAAAGAUGGCGGAAAAAAGUGUGGAGUUUGAGUGUCCCUCCUAAAAUCAAACAAUUUUUAUGGAAGCUAAGCAACAAGUGGCUUCCCACUAACAGUGUGUUGUUUUGUAGGAAACUUAGGAAAGAUUACGACUGCUGUAGAUGCGGGGAGAAUAGCCAAAGAGAAGAUUGGAAGAGUCGUAACAAUGGUCUGCUAAAGAGAUGGAACCCAGAGGCUACUGCGAUGGUGGACUGGGCAGCCAACUACCAUAACAAAUUUGCUCAAAGUCGGGGUGCCAAUUCCCACAAAAGCACCUCUAUCCAUGAAGCGUGGACAUCCCCUGCUGUGAAUGAGCUUAUGAUCAACGUGGAUGCUGCUAGGAACAAGGUUCAAGGCUGCUGUAGCAGUGGCGUGGUGAUCAGGGACUGUGCUGGAAGGGUUAUUGUGUCCAAAAGCACUUUCAUAAAUUAUAGUAGCUUAGCAGUGGGUAUGCUAAACAGACCUCCAGAAGAGAGUGGAGAUCUUGAUUUACUGGUGGCUGCUAUUAAAAGGGAGGCAGAGGAUCUCAGAAUUUUGUCUGUUCGGUAUGGCCCAAGAUCGUCGAACACUAUUGCUCAUUUGACAGCCAAGUUUGCUAUUCGAUAUCAAGCUUCUGGCUUUUGGGAAGGAGGGGUUCCUCCUAUGGCGUCUUUGGCUCUUGCUGAAGAUAUGGCUUGCCUGGGUGGCCGACUCUAG